AUGAAGACCCCCUCUAACUCAAUAGUACCAACAGACCAAUCUCCUAAGAAUAUCCUUGAGGUAACUACUCCUACUAGACCUGUGCAUUUAGAUGAUAAAACUAUUGGAUAUCAAUUACCUUUCAGGAAAAAUCGUGGGAAGCCACCAAACCGUUAUUCACCUGAUAUUGGCAAGACAUCCAAGUAUCCAAUUGCAAAUCCUGUAUCCACUGAGAAGCUGUCUGAACCACUCAAGGCUUUUGUGCACCAAUUGUCUGCUAUGCGUAUUCCAACCAAGGUCUCUGAAGCAUUGAAAUAUCCUAAGUGGGUCCAAGCUAUAAAAGAGGACAUGAAAGCUCUUAAGAAAAAUCAGACUUGGACAUUGGAGAUUAUAUCACGAGGAAAAAAGACUAUCAAAUGUAGAUGA